CGGACAUUCAAUCUCCAGUGGACUGUAACUACUUGAACACUCAAACUUCAGUAUUUCAAUUUUAUUUUUUUUUCUUCUCUUACCCGCACUUUUUUUUUUUGUUUCUUCUAUGAAUGAUAAAUAUCUCUCACCAAAAGAAACAUACGAACCCAUAAAACUAUCGCCUACGUUGGAAAAGAAAGCUUUGACUAUUUUAAAUGUCAAAAGUCCCUUAGACUCUCCGGAUUUUAACCCUACAGACUACAUCAACAGACUCUUUCCCAAUGAACAAUCACUUGCUUCUAUUGACAGUGUCUUGGACAAAAUCAAGAGCAAAACGGAAGACCUGGCACGAGAAACUGAACGACUGACCACAGCACAAACUACUACGGGAAAACAAGGAACAGAAGAAGAACUUGGAAAAGCCAAAUAUGCUAUCAAAGACCUUUUUCAAAAAAUACAAGAUAUUAAAGUCAAGGCAGCACAAUCUGAAUCAAUGGUCCAUGAUAUCACUCAAGAUGUCAAGUCUCUGGAUUAUGCCAAACGCAACCUUACUUCUUCUGUCACUGUACUGAAACGAUUGCAAAUGUUAGUUACUGCUGUAGAUCAAUUGGAAACCAUGUCACGAAAUAAACAAUACAAAGAAAGUGCUCAAUUUCUUCAGGCGGUUAUUCAAUUGAUGCAACAUUUCAAAUCUUACAAAAGUGUACCACAAAUAGCAGCAUUAUCAGAUCGGAUCAACUAUUUACAAAAGGAAUUGGGCAACGCUGUUUACAGAGAAUUCGAAAUGGGCUUCAGUUCCGAUGGUAUCUUGGUUACUCAACCUUGGUUAUUGAAUGAUGCUUGUCAAGUCGCUUCUGUGCUGGGCGAUCCUAUCAGGGAAAAAAUCAUAUCUCAUUAUGUGGAUCUUCAAUUGAUGAGUUAUCGACAAGUGUUUUUACCAUCAGAAGAGGUCUCUCAAAUUGACAACAUCAGUCGCCGAUAUGCUUUGUUGAAACGUGUACUGAAAACUUGUGAUGAAGAGCAUCGUGAUAUCUUUCCAUCUGAUUGGUGUACAAGUGGUAUAGUAUCUGAAAAGUUCUGCAAUUAUACUAGAUCCGAUCUUGAACAAAUUUUAGCUAAUCAUCAACCUGAUGUCAAGGAAUUACUCAAGGCCUUGCAACUUACCAUUGAAUUUGAGGCACAAUUAGAUAGAAGAUUCGAAAGAUACUAUAAACUAAUAGAUGACAAACGAUACCCUAUGUUUCAAUUUGAAAAAAGCAUAUCAAGAAGUUUCCAUCCUUAUCUAUGGAUAUAUAUUGAAGCGAAAGACAGAACUCUCACUGAUAUGAUAAGCUCAUAUAUUCAAUCUGACAAGACUGCUGAUGAUGAUGCAAAUAUGACAGUAUUACCAUCAAGUACUGAUUUAUUUUAUUUUUAUCGGGAAACACUCACACAAUGCGCAAGGUUCUCGGCUGGUGGUGCCUUUUGGGAUUUAUGUCAACUUUUCGCCAAGCAUCUACUUUCCUAUUGUGAGAAUGUCUUGAUGAAAGGAAUUGCUCGUGAUGAAAGACAACCCAUUACCAAGGAACACCUACGACUUGUUGUACUGGCUCUAAAUACUGCUGAUUACUGUUGCAUCACGACUUCUCAGCUGGAAGAAAAAUUGAACAAUCAAAUUGAUUCUGCAUACAAAGACAAACUGGAUCUUCAAAAUGUUAAGGAUGCAUUUAUGACGACUGUCUCUUAUUGCAUUGAUGCCGUUGUUCGUGGUCUGAUGUCAAGUUUUGAAACACAAUUCCAGCAAAUGAUCCGUCUUCCUUGGGCUACUAUGGAUACUGUUGGUGAUCAAUCUGAUUAUGUUACGCAAAUUCAAGAAUCUGCUACAGGUCAUCUCACCGUGGUGGGCAAAACCAUAGCCAAUAAGCGAUACUUUCGAACCUUUUAUGAUCGAUUAGCAGAUACAUUUUUGACUAAAUACAUUAUCAACAUCUUCAAAUGCAAAGUGAUAUCAGAAAUUGGAGCUGAACAAUUACUUUUGGAUACCCAUUCUAUCAAGACUUUAUUGAUGGAUAUUCCUUCAUUCAGCUCAGAUGAAUCAACAACUAUACCAACAUCGUAUGGGAAAUUAGUGAAUCGUGGGAUUUCCAAAGCUGAACUCAUAUUGAAGACUGUGAUGACACCAACUGAACCAAUGGCUGGCUAUGUAGAAAACUAUCUUUUCUUGGUUGGUGAUAAAAACGUGGGCACUUUUGUACGAUUACUUGAUUUGAAAGGAUUGAGACGACCUGAUCAAACGGCCCUGGUUGAUGUUUUCCAAAGAAAAGCAGCUCAACAAACACAUUUAACUAACAAUCCAAACCUUUUACCAUCUAUGGACUCAACCUCUUCGAUUACAUCAUCAUCAUCAUCAUUAUCGUUAUCAUCAUCAUCAUCAUCAGUCAUGGGUGGAGGCAUUGGUCUCGGUGCAGCAGCUGGACUUCCAAGUAAUAUCACUACUUCAUUAUCCAACAUGGCAUCAAGUGCAGCAUCCAACUUUAAUACAGCACAUUCACCUCUCACUCAAUUUGGACGAAACAGUAUUUCACCAUCCUCAUCACCAUCUCUAACGCCUUUAUCACCAACACCAGAUGGACAAUCAAAAACUGGUCGCUUGAAUGAAAACUUUCGUAAACUGGUGAUGACAGGAAUGGCUUUUAGGAAAGGUCUUCAAGAAAGGAAGGAUCAAAAUAAAGAUUAGAUUAGUUUAUAGUUCUUAUUACAAAAACUUAAUAAAGGUAUGGGAAUAUCAUAUCACAUCAUCGUUUAUUCUUUUUUUUUUUCUUUUCUUUUGGAAUAAAGUGACA